UAUAUUCUUUGCAUUAAGAACCACAACACUGAGACUGCAUUCUCCAUCAGUCCACAAGCAAACUCUAACAUAUCAUCUCAGACCUACUUGACAACUUAAGAUGGAGAAACUAAAGAAAGAAGAGACUCUUGAUGAUAAUGAAGAUAAAUUUGUGCAUGACUAUUCGGUGGAUCAUAAAGGAAAGGUUCCUCUUCGAGCCUCCACUGGUGUAUGGAAAGCUUCUCUGUUUAUCAUAACAAUUGAGUUCAGUGAGAGAUUGAGUUAUUAUGGGAUAGCGACGAGUCUGAUCAUAUACCUAACCAAGGUGAUCCAUCAGGACCUUAAAACUGCAGCAAAGAGUGUCAAUUAUUGGUCUGGCGUAACUACUGUAAUGCCACUGGUCGGAGGUUUUGUUGCGGAUGCCUACUUGGGACGAUUCUCCACAGUUCUGAUAUCGUCUAUUGUUUAUCUGCUGGGUUUACUUCUUUUGACAAUGUCAAGAGUAAUUCCGAGCUGGAGGCCUUGUGCUUCCGGCCUUUGCCACAAACCAAGGAAGUUACAUGAAGUGCUCUUCUUUCUUGCAAUCUAUUUGAUCUCUAUAGGCACUGGAGGACACAAGCCAGCUCUCGAGAGCUUUGGGGCAGACCAAUUUGAUGAUGAUCACCCCGAAGAGAGAAUACAAAAGAUGUCCUUUUUCAACUGGUGGUCCUGUGGCCUCUGUUCUGGACUUUUAACUGCUGUAACUGUUAUUGUUUAUGUCCAAGACCAUGCAGGUUGGGGGACUGCAGAUAUUAUCCUCACAUGUGUUAUGGCUUCUACUAUAGUGAUCUUCUGUUUGGGAAGGCCAUUUUAUCGUUUUAGGAUACCAUCAGGAAGCCCCUUGACGCCAAUGCUGCAAGUCUUUGUGGCAGCUAUAACCAAGAGGAAACUGCCACUUCCUUCUAGCCCAGAUCAAUUGUACGAGGCCCCUAAAUCAGCGAACAAUCAAGGAAGGCUUCUCUGCCACACAACGGGUCUUAGCUUUCUUGACAAGGCUGCAAUCAUUGAAGGCGGACAGAGUUUAGUUGACAAACAGAAUAACCCCUGGAGACUCACAACAGUGACCAAAGUUGAGGAAACCAAACUCAUUUUAAAAACCAUUCCAAUAUGGCUAACUUCUCUAACCUUCGGCAUCUGUCAAGCACAAAUCUCAACAUUCUUUAUCAAACAAAGUGCCACAAUGGACCGUAACAUCACCCACAGUUUCAUCAUCCCACCAGCCUCAGUCUACAGCCUAAACGCCCUUGGAGUGAUCAUUUCAGUCAUAAUUUAUGACAAACUUCUAGUUCCACUAUUAAGACGGGCAACAGGUAACGAAAGAGGCCUCAGUAUCCUCCAAAGAAUAGGCGUUGGAAUGACCUUCACAUUCGCCACAAUGGUAGUAGCAGCCUUAGUUGAAAAAAAGAGACUAAACCGCCAUUACAACGAUCCAAUCAAUGGUUCACAGUCAAUGAGUGUGUUCUGGCUAGCUCCACAGUUUGUGAUCAUUGGUCUGGGAGAUGGAUUCACUCUGGUGGGAUUGCAAGAGUACUUUUAUGAUCAGGUCCCGGACUCGAUGAGAAGUUUAGGCAUUGGCCUGUACCUCAGUGUGCUUGGAGUUUCGAAUUUCCUUAGUAGCUUCCUGAUCACAAUUGUUGAUCAAGUGACUGAGAGACGUGGGAAGAGCUGGUUUGGCAAGGAUGUGAACAGCAGCAGAUUGGACUAUUUUUACUGGCUGUUGGCAGUGCUCACUGUCUUGAACUUCGUCGCGUAUGUGGCUGUGGCACAGAGAUACUCAUACAAGAAUGUUCAGAAACGAGGCGGUAAGGCCAUUGUAGAUUGUGAUCAAGGUGACAGAAUGCAGGCCACACCUUAAAAAAAAGUUGCUCUCAUUUGCAUAUGCUCAGCCUUGCAAGUCUGCAUGUUAUAGCUAGAAACUAGAGAACUCAUGGUUUUGCUCAAGAAAUGUUGGUCUAGUUUCAUAUAAUUUGUGCGAAAUUGGAGAAAAAUGUGUUAUUGUACAGGCAAAUGCAACCAUAUAUUGCAGGUUGCAGUAGAACAAUGGAGUAGAGAAAAACAAAUAUACCCUUGGAAAUGCAAAAGUCCCUGCUUAUUUUUUAUAAACAUGAAAUGUGAAGUUAUUUAUAGCUGAAAACUUUUGGUUUAUGUAUUUGAAUAAAUUUUCUGAUAUUUUCAA